AUGAAAGCCAUCCGCUUCUAUGGGAAGGAAGAUAUCAGGCUGGACACGGUCCCAAGGCUGAAGUGCAACUCUGAUGAGCUGCGAGUCAAGGUGGCAUACUGCGGGAUCUGUGGUACAGAUGUUCACGAGUAUCUGGGGGGUCCCAUUUUCCCGCCUCAGCCAGGCCAGUGCAAUCCCCACACUGGCGUUGAACUUCCGGUCACAAUGGGCCAUGAGAUGUCGGGCACCAUCAUUGAGACUGGAGCGGAUGUUGCCGGGUUUGCGGUGGGUCAAAACGUGGCAAUCAAUCCAUCGCUCGACGACAGGUCAUACGGGAUGGAACUGUGUGCGAAUUGCCAGGCCGGGAGGUUCAAUAUCUGCAAGCACUGGGCCUGCUUCGGCCUGAGUGCGGCCAGUGGCGGCUUCUCCGAAGAAGUCGUGGUCAAGGCUCACAACUGCAUCCCUCUGCCGGACGGAGUGAGCCUGAAAGCCGGGGCACUGGCGGAGCCUCUGGCCGUUGCUUCCCACAUGAUCCGGCUUUCGGGGUUCCAGAAAGGCCAGACCGUGGCUAUCCUGGGUGCCGGUCCGAUUGGUCUGGCUCUGCUCCUGCUGCUCAGGGCCCAGGGGGCGUCCAAGAUUGUCAUAAGCGAGCUGACCAAGUCCCGGGCUCUACAGGCGGAAAAGUUCGGCGCCGACAUUGUCGUGGACCCCAGCGUGCCGCCGUCCAAGUCGGCGAAGUCGGAUGCUGUUCAGGAUGCCGUCUAUGGGAUCGCUCCAAAUGGUGUCGACAUCUCAUUCGAUGCGACUGGAAUUCAGGCCACCUUGGACACGGCCAUCGCUGUCGUGAAACCCGGCGGAGUGGUGUUCAACGUGGCCAUCCAUGAAAAGCCGCUUUUGAUCAACCCAAACGAUUUCAGCUUCACCGAAAAGAAGUUCCUUGGCGGUAUAUGCUACACCAAUGAAGACUUUGACAUUGCUUUGAAUGCUAUCGCACACGGUGCUGUCCCUGUGGACGACUUGAUCACGUCUGUUGUGCCACUGGAAAAGAUUGUUGAAGGCGGCUUUCUAGAGCUGAUCCACAACAAGGCUAGUCAUGUCAAGAUACUCAUCCAGUCAUCUGCCAGCUAG